AGCUAGCUAGAUAUAUCAUAAUUCUGUUCUAAUGGCUCAUACUAAUGCUCUAAUCUUCCUGACUUCUUUCAUCGCCUUCGCUGCAGGCAUUGCAGUGGCACAAACUUCACUUCCUCCCACGCCACCCCCUGCCUCCCCUCCCACUCCAGGCACUACACCCCCUCCAGGCACUCCUCCUCCAGGCGCUACACCCCCUCCAGGCACUCGACCCCCUCCAGGCACUCCUCCUCCAGGCACUCCACCAGCCACUCCUCCUCCAGGCACUCGACCCCCUCCAGCCACUCCUCCACCCCCUCCAGCCACUCCAGGAUGCUUCCCAGGAGAUGCAACUGUUCAGAUGUAUAAUGGAGAAAUUAAGUUCGUGAGGGAGCUUAAUGUUGGAGACAAGGUUGCAGUGGGCAAGAAUAUCUAUUCAGAUGUAUAUGGAUUCGGCCACAAGGAUGCUGAUGCCAUCUCCAAGUUUUUCCAAGUGCACAGCGCUUCAAACAUGUUGGAACUCACUGCAGGCCACUUUGUUCCCGUUGCUGUCAAUGGGAAGCUCAUGUACAAGAGAGCCGAGGACCUCAAGGUUGGAGAUUCCCUGUGGGAAUCAUCUAAAAUCACUGAAAUCUCAAAGGUUGAGAAGCUAGGCCUCUACAACCCACUCACUCUCUCUGGCAGUAUCAUGGUGAACAAUGUUCUAGCAUCCACUCACAGCGAGUGGUUCUUGGACUCCAUCUUUGAUGCUGUCGGUGCAACCGAGUACCUGCCAUACGCAUACCAGGCCGUGCUUGCUCCAGUUCGCGCCAUCUACAACACCGUUGGCAAAGACCUCUAUGCAAAGGGCUAUGCUGCCAUCGAUUCCUUCAUCAGCAUUGCUGAGUUUGGAACGAAGUAUGGAGGAAGCGUUGCUCUCACUUUUGGAAUUGCUGGUCUUGUGCUAGCCUCCAAGGUGUAAACACUUUUUGCACGAAUAAAAAUUCUAUAUAGACAGUGCAAUUAUUGGGGCAUUCCGAGAAUCGAACUCGGGACCUCUUGCACUGGUUGCUAACAUAACUAAAACACUAAGUAGGCAUAAAUAUUAU